CUGUAACACAGGAAACAGGAAAUGAUGAAACAGGUCAUGGCUACGGCUCCUCUGUUUGAAAUGUUUGAAUGUGAGAGAGUGUAGAAGUCCCGCAUUUAUUUAGCAGUUAUUCCUACCAGAAUUAAAGUGUUUACGGACCAGGAGUAACGUCGAUACGCGCGAUGUCUGCUUCGCUCCCUCAGAAGGCUCUUGGUCCAGGUAUCCCUGUCAUGCCCCCUCAGCAGCAGACACACCUGCCUCCUGGCCUCGCGCAGCAGGGGAUGCCCCCACAAGGUGCCCUGCGGGAAAUCUCUCCCGUUUACCUGUGCCGCAUCGGUCAGGAGACGGUCCAGGACAUCGUCACGCGCACUAUGGAGAUCUUCCAGAUCACACGGGCUACCCAGCUUCCCAACGGUGUGACACAGAGUCAAGCAGCGUAUCAGGAUCGCUUUGGGAAGCUGCAGGAGCAUCUGCGUCAGCUGACUCUACUCUUCCGUAAGCUGCGUCUACUGUAUGAACGCUGUGCAGAAUUGAAACCUGACCUCCAGGAGUCUCCAGCUGAGCUGAUUCCGUAUGUGGGAGAAGAGACGACUCCUGUGAGAGCGGAGCCGUGCAGCCCAGCUGUUAUUCAGGAGAGACAGGAGGUUCUAGAGAAAGUGAGGCAGAAGAACCAGGAGAUGAAGGUGCUAAUGGAUCAGAUGAGGAACCUCCUGUGGGAUGUCAAUGCCAUGCUCACCAUGCGAAAAUGACAGUGGACAUCUGACCAUCUUCCGUGAAUCCUCAUCUAUGGUCUUCUCACUCUAGCACAGAUAGCAGUGGAUGGCAGACUGCCUUUCGUUCACUACUCUUGCAAAUGCCACAUAAUAUUUCAUCUUGACAAAUGAGAUCAGACUCUUCACUGCAGCUCUUUGAGGUCCUUCCUCAUUUACAACCUUAAAUCACAAUGCUCUGAUUAAUAACUGCUUCAUCAAAGCGCUGAAUUAGCAUCAGAAACAGGAAAUAAUGUGAAUGCCAUGUUGAUAAUGUAAGCUAGCCAUGUUGUUGGCAUGAUAAAUGAGCACUGAGGACUGAGCUUUGUAAAUAACGUUGCUGACACUUCCGUCUUCUGUGCGUCGAACUGUGUGAUGUGUUUCACACUCUUGCUCCUCAGCACAUAUGUACUCAGGUAGAGUGUGUGUUUCCCUGAGCUCUGCAUUACACUCCUGAUAAUCUGCCUUCUGGGGGACGGGUCGUCUAACAAGAAGCUAAUGAAUUGUAGACUGAUAGGUUUUGUACACUUAAGACUUUUAUACAAAAGAAAAACAGAAAAACAACUCGUAUGUCUUUUCAAAAACAAAAAAAAUUCAACAUUGAUGAUAAUAAGAAAUGUUUCUUGAACAGCAAAUCGGCAUAUUAGACACAGCUGUGCCAUAA